CGGACGACUCCCAUCCGCUCAAUUGUAUUCGUUCACCGCUGUUGCUUGUGAUUGUUAUUUCUCAUACUUAUUAGACAUCUACUAUUAUACUAUUAACACUUCGAGUAUGCGAUCGCAGUCUCUUUGGCGCUCCCUUGCGCUGUUGCAGAGUACUUCCACCCGCUCCUUGGUAAACACUGGUCUGGGCCGACGUGCCUUUCAGACUGCCAAUUCCCGGUGCCCCGACUUCGCCUUUGCAUUUGACAUCGAUGGCGUGCUGCUACGAUCCUCUAAACCUAUCCCCGGAGCCGCUGAGUCGCUAGCCCUUCUCAAAGAACAGAACAUCCCGUUUCUCCUCUUGACAAAUGGUGGUGGAAAACAUGAAACUGAGCGAGUGGCGGAAAUAAGCGAGAAGCUCCAGGUCCCAUUGGAGCCGGAGGUAAUCGUUCAAAGCCAUUCGCCUUUUGCGGAGCUUGUGCGCGGACCAGACGAGCAGAGUGCCCUAGAGAACAAAUGCGUGCUGGUAGUUGGAGGAGAAGGUGAUCGUUGUCGCCAGGUAGCGCAGAUGUACGGCUUCAAGAACGUGGUGACACCGGGUGACAUCUACAUGGCGAACCCAUCCAUUUGGCCUUUUAGAUCUUUCCAGAGCUAUUACGAGAAGAUUUCUAAGCCAUUGCCAAACCCAAAGGAUCCCAAUGACCCCUCGAGAGGGUUGAAGAUUGACGCCAUCUUUGUCUUCAAUGACCCGCGGGACUGGGCUCUAGACGCUCAGAUCAUCACCGACGUCCUACUAUCGUCUGAGGGCGUGAUAGGCACCAUCUCCGAAAAGAACGGUCGGUCUGAUCUCCCUAAUCGGGGGUUCCAACAGGAUGGGCAGCCGCAUCUGUACUUUUCGAACCCAGACCUCUGGUGGGCUGCAGCCUACCACCUUCCUCGCCUUGGCCAGGGAGGAUUCCGCGAGGCAUUGGAAGGCAUCUGGGCUGCGGUGACUGGAGGCCCAAGCAAAGGCGUCGAGUUGAAGAAGACCAUCAUUGGCAAGCCUUACCAGGGGACGUACGAGUUCGCGGAGCAUCAGCUCUUGCGCAACCGUGCUAGAGUAUUCGGCUCGGACGCUCAGCAGCCUUUGCGGAAUGUGUAUAUGAUCGGAGACAACCCAGAGUCAGAUAUCCGUGGCGCGAACAGCUACCGGAGUGAACAUGGCAGCAAGUGGCACUCGAUCCUUGUGCGAACCGGUGUCUACAAUGGUGGUGAGCCAGCGUGGACUCCGACGACGAUCGCUGAUAACCCCGAAGAAACCCCCGCCGCUGCGGCCGCCCCCGCCGAGGGUGCCGAGGCCAGCAAGAGCGCCAGCAAGAACGCCGCGAAGAAGGCCGCAAAGGAGAAGGCCAAGGCUGAGAAGGCUGCUGCUCGUGCUGCCCAGGAGAAGGCUCAAGCUGCUGCCGCCGCUGCCGACGACACCGCCAAGGACCUGUAUGGCAAGCUCCCCGAGUCCGAAGAUGUCAUCGCCGCGACGAGAUUCUCCGACAUCUCCGACGAGCACUACGAGAAGGAGGUUACUCUGGUGGCUCGCGUCGACAAUGCCCGUGUGCAGAGUGCCAAGCUGGCUUUCCUGAUGCUGAGACAGCAGGGUCAGAAGCUGCAGGCCGUCAUUGCUCUUGCGGAGCCCAUCUCCCGUCAGAUGAUCAAGUACACUGGUGGAUUGAACGUCAACUCCAUUGUCCAGGUCACCGGUAUCAUCAAGAAGCCUGCCGUGCCCAUCUCGUCGGCUACCCUUAGCAACCACGAAAUCCACAUCCGCAAGGUCUACAUGAUCUCCGAGGCGGCCCAGAUGCUCCCUAUGCAGGUCAAGGAUGCCGAGAGACCGCCCCCGGAGACCAGCGAGGAGGGAUUCGAGGUUGGUGAGGAUGGUGCUCCUAUUGUCACUCUCAAGACCCGUCUCGACAACCGGGUCCUCGAUCUCCAGACCGAAACCAGCCAGGCUAUCACCUGGAUCUCCAGCGGCGUCGCCGAACUGUUCGCCGAAUACAUGAUCAAGAGCGGUUCGCGGUGGAUCUUCACCCCCAAGCUGGUGGGUGCGGCUACCGAGGGUGGUAGCAACGUCUUUGAGGUCAAGUACUUCAAGAAGAACGCCUACCUGGCCCAGAGUCCCCAGCUGUACAAGCAGAUGUGCAUUGCUGGUGACAUGGAGAGCGUUUUCGAAAUUGCUCCCGUCUUCCGUGCCGAAGACAGCAACACCCACAGACACUUGACAGAGUUCGCUGGUCUCGAUUUCGAGAAGACUUUCCGCGGCCACUACCACGAGGUUCUGGAGUUCGCCGAGAACCUCCUCGUCUUCAUCCUCUCCCAGCUCAAGGAGCGCUACGCCGACAAAAUCGCCAUCAUCCAGAAGUCUUACCCAAAGGCCGGUGACUUCAAGCUCCCCAAGGAUGGCAAGGCUCUCCGCCUGAACUACAUGGACGGUGUUGCUCUGCUGAAGGAGGCCGGUGUCGAUGUUUCCGAGCAGGAGCGCUUCGAGAACGACUUCACCACCGCGAUGGAGAAGCAGCUGGGACAGAUCAUCCGUGACAAGUACGACACCGACUUCUACGUGCUCGACAAGUUCCCGAUGGCCGUCCGUCCUUUCUACACCAAGGCCUGCCCGGAGGACCCCCGCUUCUCCAACUCGUAUGACUUCUUCAUGCGUGGUGAGGAGAUCAUGUCUGGUGCCCAGCGUAUCCACGACAUCAAGGAGCUGGAGGAGUCGAUGGUCGCCAAGGGCCUCAACCCCAACCAGGAGGGCUUCGAGGACUACCUGUCUGCUUUCCGCCAGGGCUGUCCUCCCCACGCCGGUGGUGGUCUGGGUCUGAACCGUAUUGUCAUGUUCUUCCUGGGUCUGCCUAACGUUCGUCUGGCGUCCCUGUUCCCCCGUGACCCCCAGCGUCUCCGCCCUUAAGCGGGUGGCUAGAGCUGUGAUAGAUUACAAGACCUGUAUCUGGAUACAAAAGAAUAUAAUGGAGCGACGAAUUG